AUGAAGGUUAUCGAGCGGUUCUGGCAACUAGAUGAACCAGAAAAGGCAAACAAAAAUCUGUCUCCUUCCGAAGAGUUGUGCGAGUCUCAUUUUGCAACUUAUAUGAAAAGGAAUCAAGACGGUCAAUUCAGUGUCAGAUUACCCUUCAAGCAAGAUCCAUCGUUGCUUGGUGAGUCAAAACACAUUGCCAUUAACAGGUUUUUAGCGUUGGAAAGAAGACUCGAUAAGGAUGUAAUACUCAAAACACAGUAUGUACAGUUCAUGAAUGAAUAUGCUGAUCUCGGACACAUGGAAAGGGUUGACAUCAACCAAGUCAAUCCUCAUUAUGUCAUCCCACAUCAUGGCGUUUUACGGCCCGAUAGCAGCACCACGAAAUUAAGAGUGGUAUUUGAUGCAUCGUGCAAGACGAGUAGUGGACUAUCGUUAAAUGAUACAAUGUUUACUGGCCCUACAAUUCAAGAGGAAUUGUUUGCGAUUUUACUUCGAUUCAGGUGCCCAAGAUUUGUCUUUUGUUCUGACAUUCAAAAAAUGUACAGACAAAUUAUUAUUCAGCCCGAAGAUCAAAGAUAUCAAUUAAUAGUCUGGAGAAGCAAUAAUAACGAACCCUUACAAUUUUAUCGAUUAAAAACAGUCACCUAUGGAACACGAUCAGCCCCAUAUCUGGCUACUAAAUGCUUACAACAGUUGGCGAAAUCUGAGUUGCAAAAAUAUCCACUAGGUGCAGCAGCACUAAGUAAUGACUUCUACGUAGAUGAUUGCCUAAGUGGAUCAAAUAGUCUCCAAACUGCCAAAGAUAUACAAACUCAGUUAAAAGGUUUGUUGGAAUCAGCAGGAUUCAAGCUAAGUAAAUGGUGUGCCAACCAUCCGUCACUUCUUCAAAAUAUUGCAAAAGAAGAUCAAGAAGUUGAUUUGGACUUUCAAAGUGACGACGCAACAUCAAUCAAAACAUUAGGAUUGACUUGGCAACCAAAAGAAGAUCAAUUUCGCAUAAAAUUAAAACUGGAUCCACUAAAAAUCAUUACUAAAAGAACCAUUACUUCGAACCUAGCCAAAAUUUUCGACCCAUUAGGACUACUAGGUCCAGUACUCGUAACAGCAAAAAUACUAAUUCAGGACCUAUGGCAACUACAAUUAACAUGGGACGAAGCAGUACCAACCGAAAUAUACACUAGGUGGACUACCUUUUAUGACGAUCUACAAGUACUAGAUCAAUUUAAAAUAGAUCGUCAUAUAUUCGGAAAACAGAUGCCAGCACUUGAAUCAAUACAAUUGCACGUAUUUUGUGAUGCUUCACAAAAGGCAUACGGAGCCGCAGUCUACGUUCGAGCGAAACUAAUGGAUGGUCGACUAAUAAAUAGAUUGUUGUGUUCCAAGUCUCGUGUUGCUCCACUCAAAAAACAAACGAUUCCAAGGUUAGAACUGUGUUCAGCUCUAUUAGGAGCGACAUUGAUGAAAAAGGUUAAGAACAAUAUAAAUCAUGAUGUAGCAACAUAUUAUUGGACUGAUUCAGAAAUCGUUCUAUUCUGGAUCAAUUCUUCAUCAGCAAGGCAUCAACAAUUCAUAGCAAAUAGAAUCAAUGCAAUUCAGGAAAUUAGCUUGCCUAAUCAAUGGCGUCACGUAAGAUCUAAGGACAACCCAGCUGACUCAUUAUCACGGGGUAUCAAGCCAGCUCAAUUACUCGAAAAUAACUUGUGGUUAUACGGUCCACUCUUUCUUCAUGGUUCCGAAAGCAACUGGCCUGGCGAAUUCAAUAAAACUCUCUGUAUUGAUCCGGUGAAUCCUGAAUGGAAACAAACGACAAGGGAAGUGGCCUUAAUCUCAACUGAUUACGAUAUCCAUUGGAUCGAUAGAAUCAAUCACAGGAAUUCAUUUAGAACUCUACUACAUACGGUGGGAUAUAUGCUGCGAUUUGUAAAUCGGGCAAGGCGAACCAAUUUAAGCAAUAUCACUAUGGCUCUAAGCCCUAUGGAACUGGAGCUGUCACUCAGGCAUAUAGUGAAGUACAUACAACAGUCAGAACUAAAAGAAGAAUUAAAUCAGUUAGAACGCAACCAAACAGUAAAACCUGCAAGUACACUUGCUGGACUGAUGCCAUUUUUAGAUGAACACAAGAUAAUUCGCGUGGGGGGAAGGUCAGAAGCAUCAUCACUGACAUAUGAUGAAAGCACCAGAUAG